AUGGUCAACACACUUACGGGGGAUAUGGGCCUCAAGCUGGGGCCCAUCGUGCUUGAGACGUUGGCACGACACUACCUGGAUCGACUCCGGAAGGACGGGCGAAACCAUGUGCAGCUACGGCAGGAUGAGGUGCUCUACGAUUCGGCUUUCCAUGUUAUCAAGGCGUUUCUUCACGCAUCCCAGAACCAUACCGUCGAGGAACUGCAAGGGUUCUCGAACGUAAGGACGCCAACUCCGCCAUGGGUUCACGUUGUCCGGUUGCUUGUGCCUAUGGCGUCGUGCGACGAAGCCGCUACCCAUCUCAUCGAAGCUUUGGGAGGCCCGGAAGUGUGCAAACGCGUUGUAGGAGGAACGAAGUGGUGGCAGGUUCGUGGAGUCAAAGGCGUGGACGCAGAAUGGAUAACCGCCAAGAAGGAUUACGAGCAUCACAAGAAACGCUCCAAAGCCCAUGAGAGACACCAGGGCAGUUCUCCUGCGGAUGAACCCACAUCACCGAAGACGCCCAAGACUCCGAAGGGGUUCACGCCGACUCCCGAAAAUGACGAAGAACCUGCACAAUAUGAGCCGGAAAUGGACGAUAUGCGAUGUAUCCUGUUCGCCCACGGAGGAGGAUAUUACUUUGGCAGUGUUGAUCAGGAGCGAUAUAGCAUUCAAAGAUACGCGAGGAAAAUCAACGGCCGAAUAUUUGCUAUCAAUUACCGAUUAGCACCACAAUACCCGUUCCCGUGUGCUAUCCAAGAUUACCUUGCCGCAUACCUUUAUCUCAUUCGACCUCCCGAAGGUGCUGCUCACCGACCAGUGAAGCCGGAGCGCAUUGUGGUUGCCGGUGACUCCGCUGGUGGCGGGCUAACAUUGGCCCUGUUGCAAGUUAUCCGCGACUCUGGCCUGCCUCUCCCCGCUGGAGGUGUCUUGAUUUCGCCGUGGUGCGAUCUUUCUCACUCCUUCCCAAGCAUACACACCAACACCGAGACGGACGUGAUUUCUGAGUACGGGUUAUGUAUGCAUCGUCCAAGCACUUUGUGGCCUCCGCCUCCGGACGACGUCACUGUCAGAGUUCAUUCUAGCUUGCGCAGUCGCAUACGUAACGCUGUGCACCGCGAUUCAUCCGGGAAUAUCCAUUCGAACGGCAAUGGAACAACACUGACCCAGCCUCUUCGGCAAUCGCGCUCGCUCAGCGCGCUCCGCUUCAAACGUAGCAAUGAGAAGGACGAUAACGUGACCAAGAACCUGCCCAAGGACGGCGAGACAGUGCAAGUAGGCUCCACUGCCCACUGGCCCACGGGGCCGGACGAGACGCCGAACCAGCCUGUCACGCUGAAGUCAAAGUCGGGGAAGCUUUUGACCAUUGACCAGCAAGUUCAGCUUUACUGCACCAAUAGCCUAGUGCAACACCCAUUGGUCAGCCCGGCCUUAUCCUAUCUAGGUGGUUUACCUCCUUUGUUGUUCGUCAUUAGCGAUAAGGAAGUGCUGCGGGAUGAGGGGAUUUAUACUGCGCAUAAGGCUGCUCAUCCCGAACGCUUCGAGAUUAAAGAGGAAGCUCGACGGCUGUAUCCCGCACUUGACGGGAUUGAAGAGCGGUACGGCCCGACACAAGUACACCUGCAAGUUUACGAUGACGCGGCACAUGUUCUACCUGUCCUGUUCGCGUUCACGACGCCAGCCAAGUUUUGCUACCGCGCGAUCUCGACGUUUUGCAAAUACACGACUGGAAUGCUAUCUACUGCUCCAGAAGACAAGGACGCACCUAAGGCAGGCUCUAUGAUGCCGAACGGAAAGCCAGAGAUCGGGUUGGGCUUUGGUCGACGUCCGUCGAUGCGCACGUUGUUCAACCGGUCGUUCUCGGUGGAUGUCAACCAAGCAAACGGAUACAACCAGGAUCCCCAACGACCCAAGACCGCCGAUCGCGCCAAUCGACGGAAUUCAAUACGGAGGGCCAUCUCGUCCACAGUCGUCCGGGCGGCAUCCCUUGCUCGACAGCCGUCCGCAGCCCCACCUCCGGAAAACACUGUUACUGAGGAACCGGAGAAGAUGACGGCCUCGCCUCCCGCGUCCAUCACACACUUGGCGACAGCUGGGAAAUUCGAGCCGACAACGCCGAGUGGAUCGGCGACAUCCAAGGAAGAAAAGGAGGAUCACAAGCGCCAAGAGUCGACGGCCUCUUCAGAUGUAGCAGGUCCCAGGUUUGCAGACCCGCACAUGCCACCCCCUACACCUGGGGAACGCAACGCAGGAGAUCCUGCGGUGUAUAUCAGACCCGAUGGUUCGUCACCCUUUGUGGACAACAUGAUUCGGGAACGUGUGUCGACCCAAGGUAUAAUUCGCCCGAUGGAACCAGAGAACGAACUUGGCGCCUUGCAAAUCCCGCCGGCCAUCAUCGGUGAAAUAUCCGAGCUUGCCGCGAAGCGCUACAUUGAAGGGCGUGCUAAGUUCGACAAGAAGUUCGCGCGCACAAUCAAACAUAUCGAGAAGGAGCGUCAGCGCAACCUCGAGCGCGCCAAGAAAGACACGCUUCAGAACCUCGCGCAUCUGCAGAUGUACCUUCCCCAGGACGAGGAGGCGGAGGAGAGCGAUGCUCACAAGAAGGGCAAGGGCAAGAAGAGUUUAAGCGAAGGUAUUGCGGCGGCGUCCGGAAGCUGGUUGUGGGCGUGGGCAUUGGACGCCGACGAGCGGCCGCCGCCGAGCAGCAUCGUCGCCAGGCGAGACACUCAGGAAGCACGUCGGCUUGCGAGGAUCGCUGACCAACACCUCGUCCCCGAGGAAGCUCGCACGAUGACAGGCAAUUCGUUGUGGUCCAUUGUCAUCGACUUCCUGACGGUCGGUCCGGCACCCAGUACCGGUCAUGACCGUAGUAAAAGCGAAGGUUCUGAGACUGCCACGGACUCUUCGCCGUCCUCUUCCAAACUGUCCCGGUUCCGGUUCCGGAGGAAAUCGACAACCGCCAAACAUAGUACUGCUGCAUCAUCCCCUAAUAUGAAAGAUACUCCGAAAGGACCAUGAGAUCGUAUAACACGUGGGUAACUUAUUGGAGUCCUGCAUCUUGAUCUUUUACCAUGUAUGUACUGUACUGCUGAUAACCCUUGCUGAAC